GAGGCUGAGUUUCUGAACCCAGGGCGGUCUGCGGUUUGGUGGCGAAGCGAUGACGAUGUCCGCAAAUGCGCAGCACACGUGGGAGAAACUCUGUGGGAACGGCGGCGAGGGAAUGUUCGAGGCUCGGGCAAGCCGACACGGCCAAGCGACCGGAGAGGUUGAUAGAGACAAGACGGGCUUGCUCAGGUGGGCAGUUCGCACCGAUAGCCUCGACGACAAUGUCCGUAUCCUCAAACUCGAGUAUAUCCGAUCCACCCAUAUCCCAUUCUUCAACAAGUGUCCAGCCGUCUUGGGUACUGUGGGCUGGCCUGGGCCUCUUAUUGCUCGCGGCUCUGGGUGCUUGUGUGGCACUGUACAUCCGAUGGCUGGGGAGGGGAGGCACAUUCAAAUCACUCUUUAGCUUCGGCGGCCCAACCCGAAAGCGGCGCAGCCAGAGACAGAGCUACGAUCCCCUUGGAGACAGCCUCACCUUCGACCACGAGCUACGAGUCAAUGCCGGUGGCUCAUACAACUUUGCAGGGUGGGUUCCGAAGCAUGUCGGACAAACCAAGUUCCGUACGACGCCAAAAACUCCUGAGAACACAAAGCCCGAUAUCCGCAUUGUGAGGUCCAUGCCCUUGGACGAGCCUCUGCUGCGUUUGCAAGCCGGACAAACAACAGACGUGGCUGAUGCCAUCAUCACUAUUCCCGCCGAGACGGACGACACCGACGAACUUGUGAGAUGGUACGUGGAAGAUACGGUUAUUGGGCCUAUGAGUUGCGUCGCUAAUCCAAUGUUUCGUGGGGGGGGGACAUAUUCGAAAAUGCCUUCCAGGGCCGAGGAGAACUUGCCCCAUUGA